UAGAUAACUAAUCUACCAUGUUAAACAUAUCUGUUUCUGGUUGGGUUUAACUUGAUAUUUAAGUUCCACAGCUACAGCUUCGAAUUUUUGCAGUUUUCUUCGUUAUAAAAGUUAUAUAAAAUAAAUAUCCUAUUCUAGCUUAAAAAAUGUCAAAUUUGGAACCAAUCGGAUGUUUAACCAUUGACACAUCAGUCGGAAAAAUUACUGGUGAUGUUUUGGAGUUACCGAAUGGCAAACAAGUAGCCAGAUUUCUAGGAAUUCCAUUCGCCAAGCAACCUGUAGGCGAUCUUAGAUUCGAACCCUUGCAACUUUUAGACGGUAAAAUAGAUACCGAUGAAGGUCCCUUCAUUGCCAUCAAAAAAGGACCUUCUGCUUUUCAAGCUCAAGAUAGCUAUCUAGCGACACCUUUUCCUAUGUCCGAAGAAUGUAUACAUAUGGGUAUUUGGGUACCUCUGAACGGCGAAAUCCAAAAUGAGCCUGGAAAGAUUCUGGACCAAAAACUGCCAGUGAUGUUUAAUAUCCACGGAGGUGCUUUUGUACUUGGAAGCGGAGAUGAAGCCUGUUAUGACAUGACUCAUUUUGCAGCUAAUCAUAACGCCAUUGGAGUUAGUUUUAACUACAGGCUGAAUUUUUUCGGGUUCAUUAGUAUUCCGGGGGCUAUCGCGGAAAACCUGGGGUUGCUGGAUCAGUUGUUUGCCCUGAAGUGGACACAUGAAAAUAUCGGAAGUUUCGGAGGGGACCAAAAUAAUAUUACGCUGUUCGGAUGUUCCGCUGGUGGUGCCAGUGUGCAUUUCCACAUGGCGAAUGCGGAAAGUACCCCCUACUUCAAAAGGGGCAUCGCAAUCAGCGGAGUGCUGAACAAAGAAUGGUGUUUGACAUCUCGGGCCGAACAGAAGAAAAAAGUGACCAAACUUCUUAACAAACUGGGAUGUCCAAAAAGUUCAACCAAUGAACAAAAGAAACAGUUUUUGAAAUCAGUCACAGCUGAACAAAUUGUGAAUUGUUAUCCAACUGAACUUAGCUUGACUGGUUUGCAGUUUGGACCUGUAGAUGUGUUUGAAAGUGAUAAUAUAUCACGUGACUUCAUUUCCAAGAAACCGUUUCUGAUUGGAAUAUGUGUAGAUGAAGCUACUAUGUUCGCAGAUGUCAUGUUUGUUAGAAAGGAUACAACAUCGCAAACAAAUUCGAUGCAGGAUAUACUAUGA